GCUAAGUCGCUGGACCGGUGUGAGGGCGGAGCGAACGCCGAGGACCUGGGAUCCGGGUCUGACAGCUCAGCCCGCACGGCCUGGUCUGGGGCGGGCCUGGAAGCGAUCCCCACCCCCGGCCGCUGCCGCGAUGGGGAUGUGUUUUCCUUGUCCUGGGGAGUCCGCGCCCCCCUCGCCGAACUUGGAAGAGAAAAGAGCAAAACUUGCAGAGGCUGCAGAGAGGAGACAGAAAGAGGCUGCAUCUCGGGGCAUUUUGGAUGUCCAGUCUGUGGAAGAGAAGAGAAAGAAAAAGGAAAAACUAGAAAGGCAAAUGGCUGCAUCUGGACCCCCAUCAGAAGGUGGACUUAGAUGGACAGUUUCAUAAAGUACAAGAUGAGUGCAAGAGUCUACUGCCAACAACUAAUAUCUGCAAUCAAGUGGACAUCCUUAAUUGAAUAUCUUGUUUUUGAAUAAAUGAAGAUUCAGACCUUCUAAUAUUAGUAUCCAUGAAUGCAGUGCUUUUUCAAUAUUAAACUAUUGAAAAUGCUUUUGAUUUUCAAACUUAGAAAAAUACCAGAUCUUUCAUUAAAUAUGUAUUUUCCUAUAUUUGCUCUUCUGCAGAUGGUGGGCAAUUUCCCAUUUUUGGCAGUUAAAACAUCAAUGUAAAGCAUUGCCUGUAAAACAUCUGCAUAUAUCUCAAAAUUAGUAUUUUAAAUCGUAUGGCCCCCUUUAUAAAAUAAUUCAGAGAUUUAUAAUUAUGUCGUUUGCCCUUAUAUGUUUAUUUCAUUGUAUGUGAAAGACUUAAACUAUGGACUUGGUGCCUUUAACUGAUCAUCAGGGAAAAUCUUUAAAAAAACACUUGAAGGGCUUAUGUGGAGGAACAUUAUGAAUUUUUAUAACUUAGUAACUAAUCAGUAUUUGUAAAAAAUGCUUAAUUUCUCCUAAUUUAUUUUCCAUUUCUGAUCUUAUGAAAUGUACAUGGUGUGUUUUACAUUAGAAUAAGUUCUUCUUCUUUUUUUUUUUUUCUCAAAUUAAAUGUUCAUGGUCCAUCAGAGGGCAGUGAUGCUCUGUUGUACACUGUCAAACCAGAAAGCUCCUCCAGGUAAUUGAAUGAACUAACCAUAGACUCUGAAUGGAUUAUCAGUGGUGAUGUAUUUUUCCAAAUUGUAUAGCUAUUUUAAUUCUUUUUUUAUUUACUGAAGAAUGAGCAGAUUUAUGCAGAUGUGAAAUUGCCACUGUAGAGAUGAAGUGUGGAAGAAAAACUUGUAGUACUGUGUUCAGAAAGGUCUACUUUAAACAAAAAUAUUAUGAGAUGAUUCCAUAUGAUGCAUAGUCAUAAACUUUUUAUAUUUUUGUUCACUAGUGAUGAGAGUUUUUGGUAGCAUUUGUGUUUUUUGAGUUUUUCCUUUUAAUGUAUAAUUAACUAAAUAGAAGAAUUGCUUUAUCUUUACAUUAGUAUUACAGAUUGCUAAUUCUUUGGAAUGGCGAGACAGUAAUCUGAAGUCUAAAUAGAAGUUGCAGAUACGAAGUGCCAAUAGGGACUGUAAAUUAAAUAGUCUAGUUCAUUUGAUUUACAGAAAGGAAACUGAGCCAAUGUCUCAUUCUUUCCUCCCACAGACAUGCUACAUUGCGGUAUGUUGUAUAUGUAAAUUUUAAGAGUUUAAACUAUAAUGUAGGUGUCUUAAUUCCUCAUUGUAAAAAUUACUUUUUCUAUUAUAGCAUGAAAUAUUCUAAGAAUAUCAGACAAGGCACAUAAUUAAUCUUAAUUGUUUUCAUCCUUUAUGGGAUUAAUGAUAUUUUCAUAUAGGAUGGUGAGGCCAUUGAGUUGUAUUUUAGAAGAAAAAAAUUACUUUAUGAACAUGAUUAAUUUUUUCAAGGCAGAAAGAAAAUUGGAUACACUAAUUGCUGGAUGGUAAUGAAACCAGAGCAUAUCAUCCAUGAAGUGUGAAAUUCCUUCCUUCUGUUGUAAUAUAGAAAGGAUAAUCUUAUCUGUACAGCAUGCUAAAGAAUUACUACUUGGGUUGAUGUAAACAAAAGGUUUACAUCAGGGAAUACUGCCCUAUUUCUAGUAGCAAUUUAUAUCCAGAUGCCAUGCUUAUUUAUUGUUGAGUCAUGAAUAAUAUGCUGGUGUAUUGCUUUCCAGGGAUGGAAAUAUGCAAAUCCAGCCAGCCAUGGCCUGCCCACAUGGGUGUGAUCAGUUUCCUUCCUCAUCACAGCCCCAUGGGUUGUGUGGGCUAAAGGGUGACACAGAAAUGUUAGGGAUAGUGUUAGGGAGGGAAAGAGAAGAGAGAGAGCAGAUGUGUCUGAUGGGAAACCAGUAAGUGACAAGAGAAAAACAAUGUACACAAAUAUACACAUAUACCGCUCAUAAAAUGAUCAGCUCCUGGUGAAAACAUUAACUUGGAACCAAUUUAGCAUAAUUCAUCAUUUUAAAAGAAAAAUAUAAUGCUUAGUAUAUUACUCAAGCAAAUUGCUAAACUAUAACUGAAAUAAUAAAAUGCAUAGAUAAAACUAUCAUGGUAAGAUGCAAAAUAUUUAAAUCAUUGCUUGUUAGGUCUAAUCAAACAAUAUGGCUGAUAACAAAAAGUUGUGUACUGUUACACAGCCACUGUGUUGACAUGCAGCAUGUUUUUUUAAACAUCUCUGUGAUACCAUUGUUCCACUAGUUGUAUUACAUUGUUAUUAAUAUUUCCCAUACAUGUUUUGUUAAAAAUUCUGUACUGCCGGAUGAGGAUAUAAAUAUACAUUUUUCUUAUAUAGAAUUUGGGUUUGGUCAUCUCUAUUAAACAUCUAGAAUUUUGUUGUUAUCUAGAAUCUGGGCUAGUUGCUAGGCAAAUCCCAGCAACACUUUCAUCUCUUUUGGGGUGAGGCAAGAACUGGAGACCCUUUGAUAUGUCCAUACAUUCUCUAAAUUUUUAGUGUGCCUGCUUCUUUUCAUAUAUCCUAAGGAAGAAAUGAUAGUAUUUGUGUCAUUUUUCUUUCAGAACAAAUUUUGUAAUAAAGAUUCUAGCUGUCGUAUUUGGACCCAAGAAAAAUUUGACUCCCCCCCCUUAACCAUUUAAAUGAUUUUCACUCUUAAGAAUUACACUACCCUCUUAAAAGAAAAAAUAAAUUUAUCAGUUGCAUAAGUAGGUGGGGAAAAGGUGGGUAAAUAUGCAUGCAUAUCUGUCUUAAGAUUAGAGUUGUAUUCUUUUGACAUUUUCUGCAGGCAAGCAUCGCAAAUACCCAUGAGUCUCUCAAAUACCCACGACUAUAUGCUUUCAUUUAAUUCAGAUGUGCUGUGGCCAUUUUCUAUGAUUUUUCUUGAAAGUGACUGACACAAGACAUUUAUGGAGUAAACACUGAAGAAAUUUUGGAUUAACACAAGUUUGUGUCCCAACGACUCAAACACUUAAAUUUCUUUAUGACAUGAUUUUACACUUCCACUUGUAGGUAGGUUUCACCUUGCAAAUGUUGCCUCUAAAAAAGAUCACUAUGGCCUAAGAAUUGAGUAUUCAUAAAUUACUUGACCCAAAUGCCGUACUUUUAUUAUAUACUGCUAAAGCAACAUGUCUGACUUGUUGCGUGUUGAGUUUCAAGUUGCUGUCUAGACAGAAAGACACAGGUUUAAACCAUCUUCUCCAAAUGUGUUAGUCCCUUAGACUUGUGGCAAGCACUUGAACUUCCACAGUCCUGCUUUGAGUCAGCACUGUUCGGCUGGGCAUUUAGCCGGGAAGGGAUGGGUAACUUUGUGUGUUGUAUUGGGAAAGUUUUCCCCAAUGAAUUGAGAAAUUGUCCUUUCUUUUCUUCUUUCUCUGUACACAGAACUGGGGUACAGAUCAGAGGUACAGGGGUUAAGA